AUGAUGAAUCAUCCAGACAGUUGAUUGAAAGUAUAAUGCCAUACUUAAAACCUGACUUGGGUUUGAUCUCUUCUCAAGUUGUUCACGAUUUUCUUCAUAAAGUCAAAGACGCACCCUUGUCCGCACGUGGUUCAAUUCUUCAUAUAAUUGACCAAACAAAAGAUAGUGAAAUUUUAAAAGGUUUAGUAAAUGAAAGAGCCUGUUAUCUUCUGAGAAAUUGGGUCAAAGAGGAAGCAAAAUCACCUGAAAGCGAUUUAUUACAUAAAUUGCUUCAAACCGUUAAUCACCUUCCAAUUGAUACUGAGGCGUUAUCUGCGAGUGGGCUUGGGAGGGUAAUUAAUAACACUAGAGUUAAGGAUUCUCAAAUACCGGGUGUAUCCGAAUUAGCUGGUAGCACUUCCAGAACUGUCGUAAAAUCUUCAGCAUCCGCGAAAUCGUCGUCUCAAUCUUCGCAGGCUACAUCUUCAAAGGCGGUUAAAGGAAGGGAGAUUGUUGGUCGCGUAAGGCCAUCCUCAGAGUCUAAAGUUGAUCCUCGAAUACAAGCAAGACCAGAUACCAGUCUCUUUGAUGAGAUUCUAGGAAAUCUUAAUGCAACAAAGCCUGCAAGACAAGGACAGGUCAACAGAGUUACGCAAAAAGAUCAAAAAAUUGUAACACCCGCUAAGAAUAAGAUUGAUAAGCAGAAUGUACAGACGACCCAAGCUAACGAGAAGCAAAGUUCAUCAACACAAGUAAAUUUGUCGGGCACCGGAAUUCAGAAAUCAAUUAUGGAUCUGGUUGAGGAAACUAUAAAAGAAACCAAGAAAGAAGCAAAGAUAAUUACUAAAAAAAGGAAAAGAGUAACAUUUGCUCCAGACAAUAUGCUCACUCAGGUUAAAUUGUUUGAAAUGGAAGAGAGAGACUACAUGGAAGGAGA